UUGAUAAAGAGUUAACGAUGCAACAUCACUCUCAGAUAACUGUAAUAACAUACUGUAUUACACUACUUAAUUUGUUUAAUUUAAUUAACUCAACACCUCAACAGUGAGCAGAAGCAAAUCAUCGCUUCUGAUCAACCCAUUCACCGCCACGGCCAUGGGCAAAAGUUGUAGCCGCGCCACCGCCACCGUGCUGCUGCUUCUCGUCGUCGUCGUCUUCCUCUCGUCGUCGCGUCCAUUCCCGUGCGAGGCGCGCCGCGACAGCCUCCCCCGGGGCGCCUCCAUCGCCGUCGAGGACCACGCCACCGACGUCCUGCUCUCCCCGGACGGCACCUUCGCCGCCGGCCUCUACGGCGUCUCGCCCACCGUCUUCACCUUCUCCGUCUGGUUCGCGCGCGCCGCGGGCCGCACCGUCGUCUGGUCAGCCAACCGCGGCCGCGCCCCCGUCCACGGCGCGCGCUCCCGCGUUGCGCUCGACGGCCGCCGCGGCGCGCUCGUCCUCACCGACUACGACGGCGAGGUGGUAUGGAACUCAACCGUCGCCAACGCCACCGCCGCUCGCGCGCGGCUGCACGACUCCGGCAACCUCGCCAUCGAGGACGCGAGCGGGAACAUCCUAUGGCAGAGCUUCGAUCACCCCACCGACACCCUGCUUCCCACCCAGCGCAUCGUCGCCGCCGGCGAGGCGAUGGUCUCGGCAGGCAAGCUCCUCGCCGCCGGCUUCUACAGCCUCCGCUUCAGCGACUACGCCAUGCUCUCGCUGGUGUACGACAACCACAAGAUGCCCAGCAGCAUCUACUGGCCUAACCCCUACUACAGCUACUGGCAGAACAACCGCAACAUCUACUACAACUUCACCCGGGAAGCUUUCUUCGACGCCUCCGGCCAUUUCUUGUCCAGCGACAAUGCGACCUUCGACGCCGCCGACCUCGGCGAGGGCGCCGGCGUCAGGAGGAGGCUGACGCUGGACACGGACGGCAACCUCAGGCUGUACAGCCUGGAUGAGAUGGCCGGGACAUGGUCGGUGUCGUGGAUGGCGUUCGUCAACCCGUGCGUCAUCCACGGCGUGUGCGGCGCCAACGCCGUGUGCCUCUACUCGCCGGCGCCAGUGUGCGUCUGCGUGCCGGGGUACGCGCGCGCCGACGCGAGCGACUGGACAAGAGGCUGCCAGCCGACGUUCAACCACACCGACGGCGGCGGCGGCCGGCCGCGGGCGAUGAAGCUGGUGGCGCUGCCGCACACCGACUUCUGGGGCUUCGACAUCAACAGCAGCGCGCACCUGUCGCUGCACGAGUGCACGGCGCGGUGCAUGAGCGAGCCGUCGUGCGUGGUGUUCGAGUACAAGCAGGGCACAGGAGAGUGCUACACCAAGGGCCUCAUGUUCAAUGGCAGAACACACCCUGCCCAUCUUGGGACGGCCUAUCUCAAGGUCCCAGCUGAUCUCGACAUGCCAGAGUUGCACGUCCACCAAUGGCAGACGAAUGGCCUUGCCAUUGAGGAAGACAUUGCUGGAUGUAGUGGCUCAAGCUCAUCAGAGUUCUUGCUCGAUGUUUCCGAUAUGUCGUCGAGCUCGAGCAAUAAUCAGGGCAAGUCAAUAUGGUUCUACUUCUAUGGAUUCCUGUCUGCAAUUUUUGUCAUUGAGGUGUUUCUGAUCGCGAUGGGUUGCUGGAUCUUUUCCAACAAGGGAGUUUUCAGGCCAAGCCAGGUUUCGGUACUAGAAGAAGGGUACAGGAUUGUUACUAGCCAUUUUCGCGCAUAUAGGUACUCGGAGUUGGAGAGGGGAACUAAAAAGUUCAACAACAAGAUCGGUCAUGGUGGAUCAGGUAUAGUAUACAAGGGGAGUUUAGACGAUGAGAGGGUAGUGGCCGUCAAGGUGCUACAAGAUGUGAGCCAGAGUGAGGAUGUUUUCCAAGCCGAGUUGAGUGUGAUUGGUAGGAUUUAUCAUAUGAAUCUUGUGAGAAUGUGGGGAUUUUGCUCGGAAGGAACACAUAGGAUUUUAGUCUAUGAGUACAUUGAGAAUGGAUCAUUGGCCAAAGUACUAUUUGAUAGGAGAGAUUCCAGCAAGUUUCUUGGAUGGAAGCAAAGGUUCAACAUUGCUCUAGGUGUGGCCAAGGGGUUGGCAUAUCUUCACAAUGAAUGCCUAGAGUGGAUCAUCCAUUGUGACAUGAAGCCCGAGAACAUAUUGUUGGAUGAAGAUAUGGAGCCUAAAAUCACUGACUUUGGCUUGUCCAAGUUGUUGAACAGAGAUGGGUCUGGUUCUGAAAUGUCACGGAUUCGGGGGACGAGAGGAUAUAUGGCUCCCGAGUGGGUUUCUAGCCUUCCCAUCACCGAGAAGGUUGAUGUGUAUAGUUAUGGAGUUGUUCUUCUUGAGCUGGUGAAAGGGAGGAGGAUUACAGAAUGGGUAGUGGAUGGGAAAGAUGGAGUAGAAACUGAUGUGAGAAGCGUGGUUAAGAUGGUUGUUGACAAACUGGACAGCAAGAAUGAAUCAUGGAUUAUGGACUUAAUUGAUGAUCAAUUUGGUGGUGAAUUUAAUCAUUUGCAGGCUCAGCUAGUUAUAAAAUUGGCCAUUUCAUGCCUGGAAGAAGAUAGAAACAGGAGGCCAAGCAUGAAGUACAUAGUGCAAAUGCUCAUUUCUGCUGAAGAUGAAGCUCAUGCCUUUACCUAAUCCUGAGGGUUCCGAAAUAAGUAUGUGAAACUUAAUACGAGGUUCACUCCUCAUCUGUUCCACCCUUUGUAUAUAAGAUAAUAUGACUGGGUACCAAACUUUGUUAGUUGGAAGAUUGUAAGAAACUGCAGGUUCUCAUAGACAACUUGAUAAACACCCCAGACCUCUCAUCAGUGCCGGUUCAGAAGGGCUAUAACUCUCGGUUUUGACGGUUUUGGAACUGGCACUAAUGGCCCUCAAGCACCAUCAGACAAUUCCGUGUGGGGAUCAUCAGUCCCUGUUAGGGCAGAGAACCGCCACUGAUACUCAUUUUUUGUGCAAAAACAAAUACAAUCAAUUACUUACUUAAUCCACAGACACAUUGAUCUAGAACACAGCUUUCUUGCAUACACACAUUUGUAUACAACAAUCCAGAAUCACUGGAUACAGAGAUUGUUGCAUUUCUUGCAUUCAUUCCUCAUCUAUUGCAAACAGUGGAGAAAGCAGGAAGAUGCCAAGUGCAUCUAUAAUACAGUUAUGUAAUACAGCAAAAAUUUUGAUGAACAAAAGUUUGUUUUAUUC